AUGGCCUCCUCCUCCUCCGCAGCCGCCCACCGCCGCCCCAAGGUGGUCGUCAUCAUAGGCGCCACCGGGUGCGGCAAGUCCCGCCUCUCCAUCGACGUCGCCUCCCACUUCCCUUCCGAGGUCAUCAACUCUGAUAAGACGCAAGUCUACCGGGGCCUAGACAUCACGCCCAACAAGAUAGCCCCGGCCGACCGCCGCGGCUUCCCCCACCACCUCCUCGGCUCCCUCGACCCGGACGACGGCGAGAUGACCCCGUCGCAGUUCCGCUCCCUCGGCGACGACGCCAUUUCCGACGUCGCUUCCCGCGGGAAUCUCCCCAUCCUCGCUCUCCUGGCGGAGCGGUUUGGCCCGCUGGCAAGACCCGACUUGAGGUACGACUGUUGCUUUCUGUGCGUCGACGUGCUGCUGCCCGUGCUGAAGAAGCACCUGCCGAAGCGCGUGGACAGAAUGCUCCGCGUGGGCGCUUUCGAUGAGCUCGUCGGAUACUACGACCUGCGCUGGACCAACCCGGGGGCUUGGGCCGGGCUGAGGAAGGCCAUAGGCGUGCUCGAGUUCGACCGAUAUUUCGAGAAGUACCCGCCGCCGAGGGGGGUCCGCCCGGGGGACGCGUGGGGGCGCGCUGGCGGCGAGCAACCCUCCGGCUGCCUCUGCCGGCGACACAACUCGGAAGUUCCGAGGCUCUAG